GAUCACACAAUGAAGAGUGACUGGUAACCAAUUGUAUAUCGUCCCCUAAAUGCCAGCAUUGGCUCUCCUGCUCAGAGGAAGUAUCUGGGCGGGGGUAUGACUAACUCCACCUCUCACCCUGGAGGGGGUACCCCCAACAUGACCUUGGUUGGGCCCACAACCCUCAGCAAUGGCAGCACGUCCAGGCCGGACUUUGGUGAUUAUGACUGCCAGUCUUCAGCCCCCAUCCUGUUGGCAUUGGUGGGCGGCUACAGUGCGGUUGGCCUGGUGGGGUUGCUUGGCAACCUAUGCCUGAUCGGUGUGAUUCGGCGGCAGAAGGAGACACAGAACGUUACCAACCUGCUGAUCGGUAACCUGGCGGCGUCGGACAUGCUGGUGUGCGUGAUUUGCAUCCCGUUCACCAUGGUCUACACGCUCAUGGACCACUGGCUGUUUGGGGAGGCCAUGUGCAAGGUGACCAGCUUUGUGCAAUGCCUGUCCGUCUCCGUCUCCAGCUUCUCGCUGGUGCUCAUCGCCGUGGAGCGCUACCAGCUUAUUGUCAACCCCCGAGGCUGGAAGCCCAACGUGACGCACGCGCACUGGAGCAUCGUGGGCAUCUGGCUGGGCUCAGCCGUGCUGUCCCUGCCCUACCUGGUGUUCUACCACCUCAGCGACGAGCCCUUCCGCAACAUCUCCCAAGGCUUCUACCGCGACAAGUACGCCUGCAUGGACGGCUGGCCAUCGGAGCGGGGCAGGCUGGGCUUCAACACCUGCCUGCUGCUGGUGCAGUAUGUGGCUCCCCUGUGCUUCAUCCUGGUGUGCUACGGGCGGGUGCUGGCCUGCCUGCGGAGACGCGGGGGGCGCGGGGAACGACAGCGCGAAAACGAGGCGCGGGCCAGCGAGACCAAACGCAUCAACACCCUGCUGGUCUCCAUCGUGGCUGCCUUCGCCGCGUGCUGGCUUCCGCUCAACGUCUUCAACCUGCUGUUCGACUGGCACCACGAGACGCUGCUCAGCUGCCACCACAACCUGCUGUUCACCCUCUGCCACAUGGUGGCCAUGGUCUCCACCUGCGUCAACCCCGUCUUCUACGGCUUCCUCAACAGGAACUUCCAGAAGGAUCUGCAGGGUGUGAUGCGCCUCUGCGGCUUCUGCUCCAGCCAGGAGGUGUACAACAACGUAGGCAUGUCUGCCAUGCAGACUGACAUCUCAAAGGGCUCGUUCAGGCUGAACAACUCUGCUAGUGCCUGCUAG